CCGCCUCCCCGCCCCGCCGCCGCCGCCAUGGCGGAGCGGAGCCGCGGCGCUCGGCGGCGGCUGCUGCUGCUGCUGCUGCUCCUGGCCGGCUCCGCCGCCAGCCCCGCGGAGGAGGGCGGCGGGCGGCGGGAGGCGGGCGGCGGGGAGCACGGCGAGGAGGCGGCGCGGCACCACGACUCCUCGUACGGCACCUUCGCCAGCGAGUUCUACGACCUGCGCUACCUCUCCGAGGAGGGUUACCCUUUCCCUACUGCUCCUCCUGUGGACCCAUUUGCAAAAAUCAGAGUGGAUGACUGUGGAAAAACCAAGGGAUGCUUCAGGUAUGGUAAACCUGGAUGCAAUGCAGAGACUUGUGACUACUUUCUGAGUUACCGUAGAAUAGGAGCUGAUGUGGAAUUUGAGUUGAGUGCUGACACAGAUGGCUGGGUGGCAGUGGGAUUUUCCUCAGACAAGAAAAUGGGAGGAGAUGAUGUCAUGGCUUGUGUUCAUGAUGAUAACGGAAGAGUCCGAAUACAGCACUUCUAUAAUGUUGGUCAGUGGGCUAAAGAAAUCCAGAGAAAUCCUGCUAGAGAUGAGGAAGGGGUUUUUGAAAACAAUCGUGUAACAUGUCGAUUCAAGCGUCCUGUGUAUGUUCCCCGAGAAGAAACCAUUGUAGAUUUGCACUUGAGUUGGUACUACCUGUUUGCUUGGGGUCCAGCAAUCCAGGGUUCUAUAACUCGUCAUGAUAUAGACUCUCCACCCGUGUCAGAGCGUGUUGUCAGUAUUUACAAGUACGAAGAUAUUUUCAUGCCUUCGGCUGCCUAUCAGACCUUCUCUUCUCCAUUCUGCUUGCUCCUCAUUGUUGCACUGACCUUCUAUUUAUUGAUGGGAACCCCAUGACCAAUGGAAAACAGCAAGAAUUUGGCAGUGGAAGUUUCUCAGGAUGGACGGCUGAAUGGAUGGACAAUGCAUUUUUCUAUUGGAAUUUAUAUCACAUCACCAUCCUCAUCUAGCUGCUUUUGAACAUAGCUUCUCAGAAGAGUGAAAUAACCAUCUCCCUUGAGUGGCAGAGUGGUGACAAAUCAUUUAAGAAUAAUCAGUGAACACAUAGGAGAAUAUCUUCAGUGUUGUGAUUACUUGCUUAAGGAAAAUGAGACUUUUGUAAAAUCAAUGUGUGUGUGUGUACAUGUGUUUGUGUGUUUGGGAGGGGUGCCUGUAUGUGUGUUUAGGUUAAUUUAGGGAUGGACAUGUAAUCAAAUAACAAAAUUGCCUUCCAAAUUGCUACAAAAAAGCGAAUUUGGGAAAAUACUGCAAUGCUGUUUGGUACUUCUGGAGCAGAGAGCACAACUCCAAGUGCAAUUUCUGAUCUUAAGAUCUGGAAACCAACACAGCAGUAUAAAACCUGCCCUUCAGUAGUGGACAUUUCUCCCUAUUUCUUUAUUUUUUAUAUUUAUGAAAGUGUACUUGCUGUGGUACUUUCCAAAACUAAACUUGCAUAUUCAAGCAUUAGCAUGAUUUUUUUUUUUUCAACAGAAAGAGGUGAUGAAUGUCUUUAUUGUGUUUCAAUAGCCUCUUUGAAAGAAAUGGCUACUUCUUUUAAGAGUGAGAUAUAAAGUAAUUUAAACAAGGGGAAGGGAGAGUACAGCAAUAUAAAUUCUUCAUACAUAGGAAAACCAGGUGGAAAACAUGCAGAAUAUAAGAGUUCCCAACAAGCCAUAUGAAGUCCUCCUAAUAGAUUAAAUAAUUUUUUUUCUCUUUUUAUGAAAAAAACCAGCAAUUUUGCUGACAUGUAAAUAUAUUUUUAAGUAAUUGUGUAGUAGUAUGAAGUAAUCUCUUUUUCUGUGUUGUAUGCCACUAAAUCCUGUUCAUGUUAAGGGUGACUGUGGGCAUCUGGUGUUAUCUUACAAAGAAAUAUAAAUGAGAUUACUUGUAAGGAAAGACAGGGAUUAAUAAGAACAACAGUAUCUUUCAUUCAUCAAACCACUGCUAAAAUAUGAUAAUGUAGAACAAGAUGAGCUCAAAAGGAAAAAAAUAGCUGUUUUUAUCACUAAUAAAUAGUAGAAGAGGAAAGCUAAAUAUUACAGAGAUGAAAAGUGUCAAAAUGCAUUUAUGAGCCACAGAAUAUUAUAAAAACUUUGAGUGGAGAAUUUUUGUUCUUCACAUAAUAGGAAGUGUAUGACAUGUUUACAUGUAGCAGUUAAACAUACUUAGGUAAGGUUACUGAUUCACUUUCCAACUUACACUAAAAUUCUACUUAAGUAGAAUUAAAAUCUAAACAGUGCCAAAGUUUUAUCUCAUGUGGUACACUUGAGGACUCUAACAUAGAAUCUGGUAAAGUAUAUGUAAUGCAACUCCUUUCUCUUCUCAUUGCUGCAUGGAAUAUAAAAUGAUUAACUGGCUUGGCUGGGAUUGCACCAUUAUUCACAGAUUGAUGUUUGUACACUAAGUUUUUAUAGGCUCAGAACCUAUAUUAAUUAGAUUGAAUAUGUACUUAUCUUCAUAACAAACACUUUAUCCCUAUUUCAAAAGAUUGAUUAAUAUUUUAUAAUUUCAUUGAUGCCUUUAAAGAUUUGUUCACUUAAAAUUACUGGAAAGGGAAGAGAAAUUCAGAACCGAAUUUUUAAAUUGCAUACAGUAACUUUAUUUCGUAUAAAUUACUUCUCUCAGGUUGGUUAACUUACUCAUCAUCUGAUCAAGUAGAGAUCACCUAAUAAGGUCUGCUUUGGCCCACAACAGCUGUGUAAUUUAGCCUUAAGAUUGGCUGGAGCAGAUAAACAGAAGCCUGGAUAAUGAGCUUUACAUUUAGCAAACAGGUGAAGUGAAGAAAUCAUUAGGGUGAAUUCUUUCUUCUUUGUGCUAAUUUGUAGGCAGCUGAGAUAUUGCUUAGAGCCUGAGGGCUACUUUUGUUUAUGGCUUGGUUUUUACUGUUUCAGCCAUUUACUUGAUUACCCACUAAAGGGCUAAUUUAAUAAUUUAAAGGUACUGAACUUGGAUAUGAAACCCAGUUUGGCUCCUCUUUUCUUCUUUAAUAGAACUCUGGAUUUAGGAUGGCCUGGUUGGAUCUGAGCACAUAGGUAUGUUAUAGAAUGACAAUAAUAAUACUAAGGUAAAAUUGAGUGACAGCUGUCAAUCUGCUUUCUACAUAUAUGGAGUUAGAUGUGGUUAAAAUUCAGGAUUUGAAGCAAGAGCAAAGUAUUUUAUAUUUUUUUUUAUUCCUUUUUCAUUACUGUGCUGUGUUUUUGUCAUCAUAUUUUUCUCUUGUUGAAGUACUAGCAGAAAUGUGCACUUCUGAGAAAUCUUUCACUUAAGCUUCACAGUACUUAAUUAGCCUAAUAAAGCAUUUUCUAAUCAAAGGGGAGGAAAUAAAAGGCCACAGGAAGCAGCAAAACAAUAUAUUAUCUGGCAUUUAAAUGGAUGGUUGAGUUUAGCACUGAGUUUAUCUAAGAGUUCCUCUUCACACUGGGAAAAUUAGGAUGUGGAAUUCAAGUUGACAAACAAAGAAGGUAUAAGUAUCUAGAAAUUGGUAGUUGUGAUGAAAUCUGAGGAGAAAAUGUUAUAAGGGAAACAUGAUAUGUAAGUUUGUAUGAUACUUGGUAAGUCUUAACAUUUGACUGGUGAUAGCAAUUUGUCAUGGAGAGUAUUUUGAUUUUCACAUUUUGUCUUGUUUUUCUUUUUAAUACUGAAAAGCAGGAUUUAUCCCUGUUCCACCGAGUUACUAUAAAGUAUCAGAUUUUGAAGUAAUUUUUUAAUUGAUUAUGGCCUUUCAAAGAUUUUUUGUUUUAUUAUUUUUUCUAAUUGACUGAUACCAAUACAAACUAGAAGAAAAGGCCUGCUUUGGAAAAAGAGGCAGAUAUUUCCCUCUCCAAAUAAUUUUUUGUUUCUUUAGCAUGAUUGCUACCAAACAACUCUUAAAGAACAAAUUUCUUAAGUGCUUUAACUUUAAGAAUUUCUUGCUGCAGAGUGACUUAAUACAGAGGUGUUUAGUUUAGGGAGGGCAUAUUUAGAAUAAGGUGUUUGGAAAUUUGACUGUAGUUACUAAUUAGAAAGACCUUUUUUUAAUGCUUUUUUCUUCAUUUCUGGUAUCAAAUAACUAGGUUAUUUUUAGGUAUAGGUGAGAUACUAAUUGAUUUCCCCUGUCAAAAAAAGCACCUAGCUGAUUUGGUAAUGUCAUUGGGUAAUGGGUGAUGCUGUCUCCUAUUAUUAUAAGGGUAAUAUUCUGGUUUUGAAAGAGAACAUAUUGAUAGAAAAGUUUGAACUCCCUCUGUGGCCUUCUUUGUCUUGAUGGAUUUUGCAAUACUUGGAUAGUAAGAAAAUAAACACUUGUAGCCUCCCUAAUCUGAAGAAAUUCUAAUUUUGGAUUAAAUUAUAUUAAAACUAUGUUUGGCACUGACUUUCCCAAUCUUCAGCACGGGGAUUAGAGAAGGACUGGAGUGUGGUGUAUAUCAGCGUGGCACCCAGGCAAUGGUGUUGAAUCUUGCUUGGGUCUCUAUAUCCUGGUCUGAAGCAAAAAAAAAGCCCUGCAACUGCCUCUAUGUACUAAAUAGCUUUGCAGUUAUUUCUUAGUUACUGCUGUAAGUCAAGGGAAGACACAGGCCUUCCUUUUUAUUUUUUUUUUGGUCUUCCUUUCUCAUCCCUCCAAUGCAUCAGACACUUAUAAAAAAGAAAAUUAUUCCUGUUUUAGAGAAUGCACCCUCUGUCUGGGUCCAUUGGAAGUUGUAUCCUCUGGUAUCCCGCAGGCAGAAUUAAAGUUUAUAUGCAAAUUAUGUAACUUUAAUAGCAUUUAAGUGGCAUUUUGUGACUCUGUGGUUUCAUUGGUUUGGUGCACUGUUGUGUAGCAGGUGUACUGCCCCCCACCCUCCUCUUGUUUUAACACCUUCAAAUAAUUUUCCCAAAAUAAAGUAUUUGGUAAUAAGUAAAGCAAGAAGGAAAUAUGUAUUUCAGAGAAAUGCAAAAGGACUAAUACCAGUUAUUUUCAGAAGUAACUACUGUGUUAGUGUUUUUUACAAACUAUGACUUUGCAUAGCGCCUUAGAUUUAUGAUAGAAUCAGAAAUACUCUUAAAUAUUACAGUGUUUCAGUGCUUCAUGGAGCUGUGGAUGUUCAUAGCUUACAUGAAUUGGUGUGAUCCUUUUCAACCCCAUGUAAUGAAACCAGCAGAGCAGUUUGCUUGAAUGCUGCACAGGGAGGCAUUGGUGACUCCAAACAGUUUGGAACAGAGGAGUGGAGGAGUAGUAAGGACAAAUGACAAGGAAGGGCUACUUUAGCAUACUUUUUAUUUUUGUAUAAAUUUACAUGUAACAGUGCCUGUCUGGCAGUCUUUAUCCAAGCAAAUAUUACUUGACAUAGGGUUAGGAAAGAACAGCGUCUGACUUGAAAGAGAUUUUGGAGUUUAGGCAGAUCCCAGCUGUUUAAGGGCUGGUGUGGGCAUCAGGUCAGACUAUGCCACAAGAUGUCCUCUGCUGUCAAGCCCCAGGGUAAGAGCUGGAGGCUUGAUCUGGUCUUCAGAGGUACAAAAACCCAACAAGACUCCAGAGGCAAUAGCAGCAGUCAACUGCUCGGUUUGUACAAUGGCCAGUGAGCAGGUACUCCCUGCUUGCUGCAGUCUGAGUAUCAAAAGAUGGUGCCUCUAAAUUUUAACAGCUUUAAUGAAAAUUUCAUUAUCAGUAGCAGUCUGUUUGGGCAGCUCUCCCUCAACCUGCCCAGGAUGGAGAUGGAUCCAACAGGAGGAUGUUAAAGAAAAUGUCUAGUCCCUGUGUACAGAAAUUAAUAAAAAUUAAAAUUUUUUAACCAUAUGCCAGCUUUUUAUUUUUUUUCUUAUUUAGCUAUUUAUAUGCAGUCUGUAUGUGGAGGUAUCUGAUUUUUGCAAAUACUUAGUAAGAUCUAGGUAAGCCUUCCUUUUCUAAACAUUUUUAUUAAUAUGAAUUAAUCACUUUGGUAACUUCUUUUUUCUGUUUUCACAGCAGGUUUGAUAAAAUUAUAUAUGCUUAAACAUGGUUAUUUAACUUGCCUAAUUUGGGCUCAGAUAGUGAGGCAAAAGCAGUGCAAUUUUGAAAUGUCAGAGAGGAUGUGUGCAGCUUAUGGAGUUGAUAGGUGUGAAAAUCCAGACUUAAAAGAUACUAUUUGCUUUGAAAAGCUGUGUUAUGACUUGGCAAUAGCAAUGAAUCUACUGUAAAGAAAGAGAUAGGUUUGUUUUUUUUGCUUUCGAUUACUAAUUAUUUUAAAUAGAACUCAUAGACUAUCUCAGGUUGGAAGGAAUCCAUAAGGUUCUUAGAGCCCAACAAACUGUGCUCCUCACAGGACUGCCUAAAACUAAUCCACGGGACUCAGAGCAUUAUCCAGAAGCUACUUGAACUUCCCUAUAGAACCUCUUCCAGUGACUGGGCAUCCUCUUAGAGAAGAAUCUUUUCCUAAGAUCCCAUCUGAACUUCCCCUGACAUGGUUCCAUAGUCAUUCAUGGCUGUUGCUUUCUCCCUCUUUGUGUGUUUCUUAGCGAAGUAGGAACGUUCUUCCAAACCAAUGUGAGGUUGGAAUAAGUGCAGGACUUCACAUCCUGUAUCUUAGGACAGCUGCCGUUCCACAUAGACUCUUUCUGAUCUGCAAUUAGAGGCUAAUUAAGAAUGACCUUACAAGAUGAACUUUUAUGUGGCAUUCUCAAGACAUUUUCUGUAAAGGUGUUGUACUCUUUAUAGACUAGAGCAUUACAGAAUUACCAUUACUUUUCUGAGCUGUUUCUGAACUAUUCUUAAAUUCAUAUUUGCAUUUUUGAAGAAGUAAUUGGAUUUUUCAGAAGUGCCGAACAGCUGCAAAUCUGUUAUGGCUCCAAUGCUUACUCAGGGAAGCAAACAUUUUAUGGUAACUUGUGAUUUAGCUUCAUAUCUUUCUUUUACUUUUGAUGUCGUUCAGUUCAAUUUCCUAUGGUGAUUAUUGGUAGAAGACUAAAUAAAUUAAAAAUUCACUUAGGUUUAGUGCCAAGGAAUAAAAAUAUUCCUGCUGAUUUUUCAAAACAAUGAUCUGUAAGGUUUACAUAAUGAAAAGUAUUCUUCACAGAAUUUAUGGUUAGGCACUGUGGUUUUGCUGAAGGUAUUUGUGUGUGCAUGUAAAUUGAGAAUUAUACAAGAGAGUCUAAAAACUAAAGGCUAAAUUCUGCUCUGGAGACAAGACAAAACACAGAACCUUACAUGUUCCCUGACUCCUAGCUGUUUUUGGGGAGACAGAAUGAUCAAGGAGAAAAAGUACGUAAACCUGAGAUAUUAUGUAUGUGGAGAUUAUGUUUGCAGUUCUUAUAUACACACCUUCUAUCACUUUCUUCAGUAUAAAAAUUAACCUCAGUCUUAAACUUAUUGCAGUGUUAUUUUCACUUUUUCCACAAGCAAACUGAAACAAGCUUCAAUAAGUCAAAUUAAAGUGAAAAUAAGUUCAAUAAGUCAAAAGAAUGUUGUCAUAUAGAGUAUUAGGGUAAUAGGAAAGGAAGCACAGAUGCCACACUUAAACCUAGGAGAAAAAAAGAAUCUUGUUAUUUGACUCCAGAAUAUGGCUUCUGAAAUACACGACUGCUCAGGUAGAAAGCAAUGGGUCCUUUUCCGGUUUUUUACCAUUGGUGUUAUGAAAUGAAUGAUAAAUAUUGAAAUAUAAAAAACUGCUACAAUAGAAUUUUUAAGACUGGAAUUGAAUAAUUCAAGUCUUGACAUAGAGAUUUAAAGACGAAAUUCCAAACCUAUUAACUCAUUAGAAAAAUGAAACAGUGGGACCUUGACAUUUGUGUUUGAUGUCCCCAGCCUUUAUUUAUGCAUAUAUAUUUUAUUAGCAUAUUGACUUCUGUUUAGGUUAUAAAAGAUGCCUAGUAUGUCCUGGUAUUUCUGAAUUAUAUAUCUUGAGGACUGGUUUGCUUUAACCUCUUUGCAAAUAAGCAGGCUGUUGUAACUGUGUGAACUCUUGCCACUUGUUUCUUAUUACAUGAAGUGUAACGGUCGAACCUGAAAUGUCAGCGUUGUCAAGAGUAAUAUACAGAUAAAACAUACAAAUAAGAAACUUGUAACUAUAGUGUUAAGUGGUGUUCUGCAUUCUCUAUGCCAGGCUUCAUUCUGUGUGCCAAUACCCAGCAGCCAUGUGAAGUCAAUGAACAUUUGGUUGGAUAGGAGUGCAGAAUGGAGGUUUUGUAGUCCAGAAGAAUUUGCCAAACUUCUUUGUAUUUGUGCUCUAGUCUUUUCAGCAAAAAAUAACACUGAGUGAAUAGAUAAUGAAAUUACAGUGACCUAUGGGACUACUUUACAAUCAGUGCAUGCCCUAAAGUAUUGCUUUGUAACAUCUGUUUUAUACUAAAUGUUGGUGUUCAAGUGAGCCUUGUUAGCUAUUUGACAGUGACAGACAAUGAUAUUUAUAAAACUGUUGCAAUAAAUGCCUUUUUAGUCUAAGAAAAUGUGUGGUAUGGCAUUUAUAAAGUGGGAAAAAUGUCUCCAUGAGGUUAAAGAAGUGUCUGCUGCUGCCUAUGUUAAUAAUUCAUUCCCAUGCCAUGGGCUUGAAUUUAUUAGCCUGACUAAUUCCAUUUAAGUCACUGAGGCUGGUCACAUUAGUGAAUUAACAGAUGUGAGAAGACCACCUUUUUUUUUUUUUUUUUCCACAAUGUGAAUCACAAUGAAGCUGUAAGUAAAUGUGAUCAUCUCUAUUUUAGCUAAGUAUUUGCCAUGUUGUCAGUUUCUAUACAUAUGUAGAAUUUAGAGGUUCCUGUGAUGACCUCUGUGCUCUGUUUUUGCAAUCUGAUACAAAUAUGUUCCAGUUGCAAUAUUACAAAUUUGGGUGUUCUUUUCUCUCUUUUCUCAAAUUGGGUGUCAUCAAUGCCCUGUUCUGCUUCUGAAGCAGCCAGAACAGGCUUUUGCAGGAAAGAAGAAAAACUGUAUUAGAAAUUAGCAACACAGAUGAGGAAGUGCCAUGAUACUCAGCAAGCAAAAGCAGCUGUAGAAGCCUCUCAAAGAGGGAUGCUUCAGUUUCUGAGAUCUCUCAGGUUUGAGCAGGUAUUUUAGCUCCUUACUGGUGGACUGGGAAGAAGAGUUGGCUCACGGCAGCAAGAAAUGUAUUGCUUCUACACUGUAUGGUCUGUUUGCUGUUUGUAGCAUUAUUGCAAGCGUGUAGCUGCAGGCUGCAAGAAAGGAUGGAUCUUGUGCUUGUCAGCUACUUGUGCACUGUCCAAGCCAUCGUGAUCAGCAGAGGCAUUACAUAUACCAAAUAGAUUUAAAUUAUAUUGUUUGGCUUGCAGAAUGACUGCUGAUGGGUUGUUGAGGAAUUUGUCACGGACCUGAUAAAUCCCAAACAUUCGGCUGUUACUCAGAUGUCUGUAUAUCCAACUCUUGUUCUGUGCACACAGUUAUCAUGUGGGAUAACACUGCAAGAUAGUGCUCUGGGUUUUGUCCAUCCACAGGUCCUACUGGUGCUGUUGUGCAUGUUUUUUACAGUGACUGAACAUUUUUGUGUCGGUGCUAUUGACUGCUCUGCCUUACAACCAUGCAUUUCAUUCCCCUUGUUAAGUGAACAAGGUUCACAGUCUUCUGUGUGAAUCAUUUAAGCGUCACUCUGCUGAUAAUUUUGUACACUUUAACUGAGAUGUUAAACAAAGUUGUUUCUGCAAUAAAGUCAGGCUAUAAUCACUGGGUGCAAUUGGA